AUGGGCCACGUGGGCUGUCCAUGUAAGGAGCCAUUCGCAAUUCGAAACAUUCCAGAGGUGGUGGGUCGAAAACUCCCGAACCCCCUAGAACAGGACACGCCCCCACCGACCGGCGGCGAGGAAGAGGAGGAGGACAUGGCGGCGGCGCGGGGGCAAAAGGCGCUGGCGACGCUGGUGAGGUCGCUGCGGAGCGAUUCCAUCUCCAACUCCAACGCUCCCAGGCUCAGGCACCUCCCGUCUCUCAGGAGGACCUUCUCGCUCUACGACCAGAUCAACCUCAUCGACACCGUCCCCGAAGACCAGCUCCGCUUCCAAACUUACGAUGACACUGGAUUCAAGAUUAACAAUGUAAAGUAUGAAGGGAGCUUGCUGAUAGUAGAAAACAAGAUAAUGACCUGGACACCCAAAACAUUUGCGGAUAUAACUGCUGAAAGUUUAUCAAUCUUCAAAAUUGUGCACCCAAUCCCAGAGAUUCUGAUUCUUGGUUGCGGGAAAUACGUCCAGCCAGUCAGUCCUGAGCUGCGCAAGUUCAUUCGGUCAACUGGGAUGAAACUGGAGGCCAUCGAUUCGAGGAAUGCGGCUUCGACCUAUAAUAUUCUGAAUGAAGAGGGGAGGGCAGUGGCGGCCGCAGUUCUUCCGUUUGGAGUCGACUCUUAA